AUGAGGGCCGACAACAUUAUACAGGCGCUUGCGGGCACCUACAUGCUCCUGAACACGAGCACCACUCUGAAUGGCGUCCCUGUUCCCGACGAGGCAUACGGCUCCAACCCCUCUGGCCAGCUCAUCUACACGGCAUCGGGCUUCAUGUCGGCAACCAUCACAUCCACCGACCCCGAGGACCGGCCAGAAAACCUGACGUUCCCUCCCGCGGAGGGCCAAUCGGACGCCGACUGGGCCAACGUCGCCAAGCAUGCGCUCUGCUACGCCGGACCUUUCUCCAUCAACCCCGCCGUGCCCCUGACCGAAACAUCGGGUGGUGUCUUUCACGGCCCCCUCACAGUCGCACACGUGCCGUCCUGGGUGGGAAGGCAACAGGAGCGCAACUUUACGACGUACGAGAACGGAACUCUGUUGCUCAUCUCGUCGAGGAGAGAUGGUGGAAACGAGGGGAGGCUGUGGUGGAAGAGGAUUGACUAG